AUGGCAUUGUCAGACUCGGUCACUACUUGUCUUUCUCCAUCUGUGCAUUAUGUGAUUUGCAAACUUGGAUAUGAGAAAAAAGACACCUAUGAUAUUAGUAAUAUUUUGUCUGAAAAUGGUGAAGUACGUUGGCAAGCUGUUACAGACCACAUAUGUUACCUUGAAUCAGAUCAAAGUGUGGACUAUAUCAAAAGCAUACGAUCGUUAGGACCUGUAUGUGAAUCUGUUAAUUUGCACUUCAAAACUCUGACCAAGGAUCAGUUUGUAGCUCAGUAUGCAUUAUGGUUCCACUGGACAAACUACACAGAGUUAUUUAUUGAAAUAUUUGAUGUUCUACAGUAUUCACAAACUACAGAAGUUGCUCUUGGCUUAAUGAAACUAACAUCAUGCUUGGAGCGAGCCUUGGGUGAUGUGUAUUUACUGAUUGGUAAAGAUUGCCCUUUCCUUCUAAGAGACUUGAUUGCUUCUGAGCAGCUUGCACUGGUCUUUGGACAAGCCGUAAUUAAUGUACUGAAGGUAUUCAUUGGAUCUCCCAGAGGUCUGAAUCUUCGUAAUGUUUUGUGGCAUGGGUUUGCAUCCCCACAAGAAAUUCCUGCAAAAUAUUGUGCUAUGCUGCUUUUUUUAACUGCAGGAUUGGGUCAGUUGUUACAGAUGUAUCUUCUGCAAACUAAAUGCAUUUUAGUACAUCGACCUUAUGUGAUCUUCAAUAACUUAGAGGAGCUUGAGGUAUUUCCAGAUCUUAAUAAUGAAGCACUUUCCAUAGCUGAAGAGCUAGUAAAACUGUCCAGUUUUGUAUUAAAAACAAUGCUACCAUUUUGGAUGGCUGCUUUAAGAGCUUUCAAGCAAAGCAGGUAUGCUGACUGUGUGAUUCUCUUACUUCCUCAGCUAGAAGUUGGACUUAGAUUGCUUUUCACUACAACUAAUAAAUGUCCAAAUCGAAUGCUAACAGCCGAGUCUUCUGCUCUCUACACCACUUUUGAUGAGAUGCUAGCAAGGAAUUUGGAAAAUGAAGAAGUCAACCAACUUCCUGCAAUUCUUGAGGAACCUGCCAUGGGAAGUGGCUUCAAAGAAUUUCUUUGGGAUUUCUUGAACCACCAGGAGGGUCCACGUAUAAGAGAUCGUUUAAGCCAUGGAGAGAUCGAUCUAAAAGCAUUUCCCAAAGAAGUAGCUAAUCAGAUAGUUGCAUUUGCAAUUACUCUUCUCUGCAGGUUCUCAGAUGAGGACAUGUUUGCUUUUAAGGAACACCUGGUCAUAAAACCACUGAUGAACUGUGCAAGUUGCUACCAUUCUCAAUUUCAUCCAAUUUCCCGACUCAAGAAACAGGUGCUGGAAUGCAUAAAGAGCAUUCACUUAUGGCCUGAAUUGCCAACAGUGCCUGAGGAAUACAUUGGGACGAUGAAAGGGUUGGAAGGAAAUUCUGAAACCAGUACUUUAAUUUUGAUGAUAUCUGAAAUUAUAUCUCAGUUGCAGCAAUAUAUGCCCCAGAAUUGCUACAGUUCACAUGACCCAGUCAAUAGUGUCCUAACAGAGAGGUUACUGGCUGAAGUUUGUGCUAUGCGUAUUUGCACACUUUAUUCUCCACGACCUGUUCUGGAAAUACUGGUGGUACUUCGUAAAAUAAGCAUACAGUGCCAUCAAGUGUCUAAACAAGUUAUUGCCAGCACGGAGUUGAGGUACAAACAGUGGAUGAACAAGACUCUACGUUCUCGCCAGAGGCAUAACUAUCUGCGAAUGCUGAACAGCAUUAAGCUUUUGUCUCCAAUGUUACGUCUCAUCUUAGUGCUGAUUACUUUGGAACUAGUUAACAUCCAUUUGGUUUCUAAGAAGAAUCCUUUUGAUUAUCAGCAGUAUCUAAAGUGA